AUAUCACAUAAUUCUUUUGUUUAAAACCAUACCAAAGCCACGUGAUUUUGUUGUGACAGUUCGUAUUUAUACAGUGACUGAACAGUAAUAAUUUUCUUAGGUACUAGUUUCAUCUGAAUAAUUAAUAUAUGUAUAUAAACAGAGUACUAAAAAUUGUUACGUAUAGCAUAAAUUGGUUAUAUAGUAUAUAAUGAAUCCGUUAACAAAUGUAAAAAAUAUUCAGAAGUUGGGCGAACAAGAUUUACUGAGAAAUAGUAAAACAUCUUGGCAUGAUCAAUAUAAAGAUAGUGCAUGGAUUUUUGUUGGUGGUUUACCAUACGAUUUGACAGAAGGGGACAUUGUAACUAUAUUCUCUCAAUAUGGAGAAGUAGUAAACAUAAAUUUAAUUAGAGAUAAGGAUACAGGUAAACAGAAAGGAUACGGAUUUUUGUGUUAUGAAGAUCAAAGGAGUACGGUUUUAGCCGUUGACAAUUUUAAUGGAACAAAAAUUUUAGGAAGAACAAUAAGAGUUGAUCAUGUUGCAAAUUAUAAAGCACCAAAAGAUUCAAAAAAUAUUGAUGAAGAAACCAAACAAUUGAGAAAAGAAGGCUGUGCUCCAAAAAAUAUCUAGUAAUAAAGUUAUGCAUUAGUAUAUUUCAUUGGUAUCUUUCACAUGUUAAGAAAAUCAUAAUGUUCAUUAAAAUUGAUAUAAAUUAAAUUAGUAUAAGACGUGUAAAUGCAUACUUAUACAGUUAUAUUUUUACAAGAUUAUUAAAAUAUAUUUUGAAAGAAAUAUUUACCUGGUUACAAGCUCUUUAGUAUUAACAGUAGUAGUAAUUUAUCAAAUCUUUAUUUUAGAAAAAACUACAAAGAUUAUGUGAAGUUGCUUUUAUUUUAUUUGAAUGAUAUACAUAUAUUUCGAGAUACAUUCAUUUACAGUUAGUGGUUUUACUUUAUUAAUUUUUUAAUAUUUUUGACAGUACAAAUGUUUUACCAUAAGAUAUCACUUGUUUAAUACAAUAUGUUUCAUACUACAUUUUUUUCUUAUAUAAUAUCCUUAAUUUGUGCUGACAAUUAUGACUACUAUCAUACAAUGUACAAUAUAAUUUAAGUAGACAUUAUGUUUAAACAUACAUUCACAAUAUUAUUAUUAAGUAAACAAAAUUCUAUAACAUCUUGUUUGAUUCCAUUUUGAUCAAACAAAUUUUCUAAUUUUUUGAUAAAAGUUCCAUAAAAGUGUAAUAAAAAAUUAGUUUUUAUAUUAGAUUAGAAGUUAAUAUAUUGUUUGACAUCGACUUUAUCUCGUUCAUUUCCGAUAUAUCUUGUUCAUUAGAAACAAUACCCAAUCUAGAACUUUUUUAGUAAUUUGUAUAUUUUUUCAAAAUUUUUUAAAUAAUUCUGUAAUUUCAUUUAGUGACUGAAUUAGUUUCAGUAACGUUUCUGAACUUUAAUUAUUUACUUUCUAUUCUAUAUUUGUAUAAAUCGUAAUUGAAUAUAAUUUCUGGAAGCGAAGCAGGUCAUUAUAACAGCGUAUUUAUCAUGUACAAUUAAAUUUCGUAGUGCUCGUUUGAUUUAAUAUUCAUAUUUUACACAGCCUUAUAAUUUCAUUUGAUUUGCUCGG